AUGUCGUCUUCUGGUGUUCCCGUUUUACACUGGAAUUUCGGGAUUGGUCCAAUCACAUGCCACGCGUGGAAUAAAGACCGUACUCAAAUCGCCGUGUCUGCAUCUUCAAACGAAAUCCAUAUUUUCGAGUUUCGUAACGGAGAAUGGCAAUCCGUUCAUACCCUUUCCGAACAUGAUCUUCCGGUUACUGGUCUCGACUGGGGAACCAAAACUAAUAGAAUAGUUUCGUGCUCUCAGGACAAGAAUGCUUUUGUUUGGACCUUCGAUAAAAAUGUUUGGAAGCCAGAGUUGGUCUUGGUUCGUUUCAAUCGAGCGGCCACUUAUGUAAAAUGGUCGCCAUUAGAAAACAAGUUUGCCGUCGGAAGUGGUGCUAAGCUGGUCUCCGUCUGCUACUAUGAACAAGAAAACCACUGGUGGGUUUCAAAACAAAUCAAAAAACCAAUUCGAUCAACUGUAACUUGUCUUGACUGGCACCCGAACAACGUGCUUUUGGCAGUUGGUUCGUGUGAUUUCAAAUGCCGAGUUUUCUCUGCGUAUGUGAAAGAAGUCGACGAAAAACCAUCACCAAAUCCUUGGGGACAAAAGAUGCCAUUCGGGCAACUGAUGAGUGAAUAUACUGUCGGAGGAUGGGUUCAUCGAGUAGCUUUCUCCCCAUCUGGAUGCCGAUUGGCUUUCGUCUCUCAUGAUUCUUCUGUGUCAUUCGUCGAUUCUACUGUUGUGAGUUCAAAGAAAUUCAGCUUAAAGGAUAGCCAAAAAGCUCAAAACUUGCGUACAGUUCAUCUCCCUUUCACAACAGUCGAAUGGAUAACAGAGAACAGCAUUGUAGCUGCGGGUCAUGAUUGCUCGCCAGUUCUUUUCGUUGUUUCUCAGGAUAUUCUGAAAGAAGUCUGUAAGCUGGAUGUUCCAUCGGCCACCAAAUCGUCAAGUGUGAACAGUGCUCUUCAGCUUUUUAAAAAUAUCGACCGAAACAAUGCAGCCGAGAAAGUUGUUGUAGCUUUGAAGACACUUCAUCAGAAUCGUAUUACACAAAUUCUCCCACAUUCUGGAACCGUCGGUAACGUUUCCAAAUUCACAACAUGUGGAACUGACGGAAUUGUUGCCCUCUGGGAUUUGAAGGUAUGUUAUUCUAAUCACCCAUCCCUGGUCUGA